GAAAAUGGAGCCCGAAGUCCCAUCUUGGCUGAAUGAAUCAUAUUUUGCAACUGUUCUCCAAGACGGGGUAGACCAGGAACCAAGGAUGACGGUGACCAGCUUUACUGCAAAGUCAGCUCUACCUCUAGACCAGAAUUAUGGAACUUACGUUUUCAGAGUAAAGGUACAAUACACACUCGGGGAGUCAGUUGACAAACACGUUAUCUCACUAAUAAUUAAAACACCCGUUUCUCACGGGUUUCUCAGUGAAUACAUGGAGAAAAUUGAUCUGUUCAACAGAGAACAAAGGUUUUAUGCCGAUGUACUAUCUCAGUUGAACAAAAGAGCAAAGUUUGAAUUUGGCCCUAAGGAUUUCUACUGCCCUGACAGAAACAGGUUGGUGCUGAAAGAUUUGAACGAAGAUGGCUACGUUAUGGCCGAUAGAUCUAAACAACUGGACUUGUCUCACUGCAAGUUAGAAAACACUCUGGAACACCAGUUUGCUGUUAAGUUAGUGGACUUUCAGUACCCAAGGUACUCAUCUCCAGCAGUUGACCUCAUCUACUUCAUCUGGACUAGUGCGGACGAGGGUGUUCGAGAAACCAAGCAGGAGGAACUGCUCGACAUCUACCUGCAGACUUUGAACUCCACCUUGGAAGAGCUCGGGUGUCAGGAGCGGCUAACUGCCGAAGAGUUGCGGCAAGAUCUGAGAGCACUGGCGGACUGGGUCCUCGUCCUGAUUUGUCAGCUGCUACCCACAGUGCUUUGCGAGCCUAAAGACGUCAUCAAGACGGAAGAUUUCAAACAGGAAGAUUUUUGA